UCCAAGAACACAGUUCUACUGGCAUCUCUGACUGUGGCCAGGCCUCCGCACCACUAGCCCUCGGUGUGGCCCACAGCACCAUCGGCUCCACACACGGGGUCUCCCUAGCAAUCCACACAGUCAUGCCGUCACACAUCCGCGUAGCGCUGGUGACCGGGGCCAACAAGGGCAUUGGCUUCGCCACCGUGCGCAACCUGUGCCAGCAGUUCUUCGGGGACGUGGUGCUUACGGCACGGGACGAGGCGCGGGGACGGGCGGCCGUGCAGCAGCUCCAGGGCGAGGGCCUGAGUCCGCGCUUCCACCUGCUGGACAUCGACGACCUGCAGAGCAUCCGCGCCCUGCGCGACUUCCUGCGCAAGGAGUACGGGGGCCUGGACGUGCUGGUCAACAACGCGGGCAUUGCCCUUGAUAGUCGUGACCCCACCCCCUUACAUAUUCAAACGCAACUGACAUUGAAAACAAACUUCUUUGGUACUCGAGACGUGUGCACAGAACUGCUGCCUCUAAUGAAACCACAAGGCAGAGUGGUCAAUGUGUCUAGCAUAAUGAGCUUGGUAGCUCUUAAGAACUGCGGCCCAGAACUGCAGCAGAAGUUCAGAAGUGAAACCAUCACAGAGGAGGAGCUGGUGGGGCUCAUGAACAAGUUUGUGGAAGAUGUAAAGAACAGAGUGCACCAAAACGAGGGCUGGCCUGAUAUGCAAAUGCUUACAUAUGGAGUGUCAAAGAUGGGUGUCACCGUCCUGUCCAGAAUCUAUGCCAGGAAACUGAGUGAGCAGAGGAGGGGAGACAGGAUCCUCCUGAAUGCCUGCUGCCCUGGGUGGGUGAGAACAGCCAUGGGUGGACCUACAGCCAUUAAAAGCCCAGAAGAAGGAGCAGAGACUCCCGUCUACUUGGCCCUUUUGCCCCCGGAUGCCAAGGAGCCUCACGGGGAGAUUGUUAUGGAGAAGAAAGUUGAACAAUGGGGACCCCCCUCUCAGUUCCCUUCAUGGCUCCCGAUAUGAUACAGUCAUGAUUUGACCAAACAGAUUACACUGUCUACAAUGUCCUUAUCCACGUCAAGUACUCACAUUGAAUUGGUUACUAAUUCUGUGAAGUCUUCUGUGAUUUCUUCCAUAAUAUAUAUGAGAACAAAAAGUGGAAUUAAUGACCAUAAUGAAUGAACAUCAUAGAUGAAUAAACAAUUCUAAGUAGAUGUCCACAUGUGCAGAUCACCCCCUGCCAACCAGCCCAAAAAAUUAACAGAACCUAAGUUAGGUCAAGAGAAGGGACAAUUUAACACAGGGGUUCAUAAACAUUAGUGAAUGAGCCAGAUGGUGAAUAUUUUGCCUUUGCACUUGAAUGGCCUCCGUUGGACCUACUCAAAUCUGCUGUUUAGCUUGAAAGUCACCAUAGAUGAUAUAUAGACCCAUAAGGGGGUGGGAUUUCCCUAGCCAGCGUUCUUUAUCAGCCUCUACUAUGACAUUGGCACACCACCAUGCAUAGACAUCCACAGUGGUCUCAUUAAAUAUCAAAGUCAUUGGAGAAAAAAGGAGCUGCAAGGUGUGAAAUGGGAGUGGGCACUAGAGGUGCAUCCAUAAGACAACCUGAGACAAGGGGGAAAAGGGAAUUAGGAUUGGUAUCAGUGCAUAUGAAAGAAUUACUGUCAAAUCUCAAGGCUAAUGUGCUAUUCAUGUAGGGAUAAAUGGUCACCAAGUGUGUAACAUUAACACAGUUCAGCAAAGCCUCCACAGAAGAUGAACAUAUAAGGAAAGUGAAAUACUCAUCAUGGUUGGGGCUAGUUUGGUGGAUACACGGGUGUCCGCAGUCCUAUUCUUCCCACUUUUCUCUCUGAGAGCUUUCAAGACAAACAUCUGGAAAUAAAAAGGUCUUGGCUCUGCUGCCUUA